AUGGGGGGAAGUGCGUUCUCUGCGGAUUCACCCGGCAGCAGCGCCAUAGCCGCGCUGCUGCACGGCCUCCCGGAGCCGCUGCUCCACAACAUCGUGCGUGGCCUUUCGUUCCGCGACAUCGCGUCGCUUGUGUGCUCAUGCAAGGCCAUGGCCGCCCUCUCCGACGACCUCUUCGCGAGCGUCGACGAGUUGGACAUGACGCAGUUCGCCUGGGUCGACCCGGCGCUCUGCGACAUCCUUCUGAACCGCCUGCGACGUGCGACGCUGCGACGCGUCGUUUUCUCGCUGGGCGCAUUCGCGCAGCACUCCUUCUGGUGCCCCGACGCCAUCCGACGGUGCCAAAUGGCCGCCAAGUACAGUGCGGAGGUCGAAUCCGCGGUGCUCGCGCGAUUCCCCGCGCACGCGCACCAUGUGGGCGGCAGCGACCGCCUGCUGCUGAACCUGCUCUACGGCAAGUCGCACCCGCGUCCCAUGGACGUCCUCGUGCACGCCACGUGGCUGGAGCGGUUGCUGACGUGUCACGGGAAGCACGUGGAGGAGCUGGUGGUGGACUGCGACGCGGCCGUGAAGAUAUGGCCGCUGGAGGACCCCGUCAUGGAGAUGGCAAUGGUGGCGCGCCUGUGCCCCAGCCUGCGCCGCUACUCCGCGCGCUCGCUGUACCACCGCAGCAUCGGGGGCAGCGGGCCAGGCUCGCCGUGGCAUGCGGCGCAGCAGCCGCUGCUGCUGCUGCAGAGCUGCCCGCUGCUCUCCUCGCUGUCAUCCCGCCUCGUGCUCACCGACGAAAGGUCCGCCGCGCUUCCCCCCCACUCCCCCUCCUUCCCAACUGCUCUCCCCUUCCCGUCUCCCCUAUUCGUGACUCCAGACUUUCAUAAUUCCUUUCGUCCGCACACUCCGCCCUGCCACGCCUUUCCCUGCGCCUCCCCUCGCGCCAGUCUCCCCUCGCUGCUCUCGUCGCGGCGCCCGUACGCGCUGCAGGAGGCGAGUGUGCACGUGGCGCUGGGGGGCGACGCUCAGGGGGAGGGCGCUGCUGCACGCGCGGACGCGGAUGAGGGCGAGUGGCGCGCGGCAGCAGUCAGGCGGUUGCAGAAUCUAGCGGCGCUGCUGCCAGUGCUGCACACGGUGCACCUCUCCUACGCCACUGCCUCCUGUGUGCCCUUCGCUGCCGCCCUCCUCACACACCUGCCCAGGCUGCAGAGUGUGACGAUAGCCAACGACCCCUCGUUCCUCAUGCGCCGCACCAUGGAGUAUCUGCUGCACCACGGCCCCGCCGCCACUGCUGCCACCGCCCCGCCCUCGCACCUGCCACACCUCUUCCAGUCGCUGCCACCCUCCGUGGCCUGCCUCAACCUGCUCUCCGUGCCCCACUGCGACUUCGAUGCCGUCUUUGGCCGCGCUGAGCAAGCGCUGACUCACCUUCCAUGCACUCUGACUCAUCUUGAUGUGUCCUUUGUUGAUUGGCCAAGGAGGUCCCUGACAGAGGAGCAGCAGGCAGCAGUGCGAAGGGCGCUGGCAGCAACAGGGAGUGGUGGGCCGCUGGCAAGCUGCAGGGUGAGGGGGUCAGCAGGGCUGCAGCUCAAGGAGGAUUCGCUGCUAUUCUCCGUCACCAUUCCCUGA